AUGUCCGUACUGUUUGUGGUGGGCACGUUCGGAAACCUUCUGAUCAUCGUGGUGAGCGCUUGUAACAAAGCGGUCAACAAAAUAGGGAAAGCCUUCAUGAUGAAUCUCGCUGUAGCCGACUUGUGUGUAGCUGGGAUAGCAGACCCCAUGUGUAUUCUUGGCGUCGUUAAAGGUCAGACAUAUUUUGACGACAAAUUGGAGCUAUGCCAUUUUAUCGCCAGUAUGUGCCUGACCGCAUGUUUCUGUGCCUUUCUGAGCCUCACCAUGCUGACAAUAAACCGGUGUUUCUACGUCUGUCACAACGAAUCCUACCAGAAGCUGUACACGCGCUUUACCACCGGGCUUAUGUGCGGUAUGUGUUGGGUUAUGGCAUUCCUUUGCGAAUUUCCUAAUUUUGUUGGAUGGGGUUCGCAUUCAUUUGAUGAAAAGAACCACCAGUGCAUCUGGGAUAGAACGGCUUCUCUCUCUUAUUCCCUCUUUUUGUCGAUCGGUUUGAUUGGUGUACCAUUGCUAGUCAUGGGGAUUUGCAACGUCAAAAUCGUUUUGGAGAUUUGGAAGAAGAAGAAUGACAUAUAUAAGCUGGACAGUGAUGACCACUAUCCUUCGAUGAAAGCAUGGAACGAGACCAUCCGCACCUCUAAGACGCUCUUCAUUAUCUUCACGAUGUUUAUGAUGUGCUGGACACCGUAUGCUAUCAUCAUUGCGAUCGAUGUCGAAGACCGACUUUCGAUGGAGGUUCAUCUCUUUGUGACGAUGACUGCGCACGCACAUUCCAGCUUAAACUGCGCCAUCUACAUAAUUUGCAAUCAGAGGUUCCGGAGAGCGGUAAAGGCGAUCCUCAACUGCAGGUGCAGCCGCAUCAAGCGACCAACCUCUCAUUCUUCGGAGUCAAAAGAAAGGAACACAUUAAACAUGGUGGUUAGUUCCAUUUCCAGCUAG